GCUCAAAGCCUUGGAUUUGAAAAAAAGCGAGGAGAACAACUGUUUGACCUAGAGCGAGCACAGGGCGAGGCGCUGUUGCUCUUGUGGAUACCGAUGACCGGAUCGAAGUAGGAUUUCUUUUACAGUUGAUCGUAGUGCUGGUUUGUUUUCCUUGUGCGGUUGUGGCGUCGAGGAGGAAGCGGGGUAGCUAGGGGAUCGUGUCUUCUCCGUGAUGGCCGCUAUAUCAGGAAUAUUUUCUGGGAAAGCCAGUAAGACGUUCAAGCCGAAAAAGAAUAUCCCAGAGGGAACUCACCAGUAUGAUUUGAUGAAGCAUGCGGCGCAGACCCUGGGCAGUGGAAAUCUUCGCCUGGCGGUCAUGCUACCGGAGGGUGAAGACCUCAACGAAUGGGUCGCUGUGAACACCGUGGACUUUUUCAAUCAGAUCAACAUGCUGUACGGCACUAUCACAGAGUUUUGCACGGCAGAAAACUGUCCAGUGAUGUCGGCAGGUCCACGGUACGAGUAUCAUUGGGCAGAUGGUACGGUGAUCAAGAAGCCGAUAAAAUGCUCUGCCCCCCGGUACACGGACUAUCUCAUGAGCUGGGUACAGGAUCAACUAGAUGACGAAACUCUCUUCCCAUCGAAAAUCGGCGUUCCGUUUCCCAAGAGUUUCCUGAACAGUUGCAAGACGAUCCUAAAACGACUCUUCCGCGUCUACGCACAUAUCUAUCAUCAGCAUUUCCGAGAAGUCGUCUCCCUCGGAGAAGAAGCACAUCUGAACACGUCCUUCAAGCACUUCAUCUUCUUUGUACAGGAGUUUACCCUCAUCGAUAAGAGAGAGCUGCAGCCGUUGGCGGAGUUGAUCGAGAAGCUCACGUCGAAAGACCGAUAACCAGUGUAUAUAUUUCAAGAGUAAGGAGUAUGUCCGAGUAUAGCCAACGCAAAGUUAUGAUGAACGACUAUCAGUGAACAGAACAGGCAGUAGAGCCGGGGGUACCUUGGGUGACAGAUUUCAAGUCCCAAUGCUGCAGUUGGCAAUGGAUAGGUUAGCACCACACGUAUCUACAUUCUUGAACGCACACUGUGCUAUUCCUACGCAGCGGCUCAGUGUGCGGCGAGAUCAAUGUGAUGUUGACUACAUGUACGUGUGGAGUAACAGAAAUCAGUAGAUGUGUGCUGCUGUUUGUUGCCGUGUAAAUCUAUCAAUUUCUCCCCCCGUGUACAUGAAUUCAUUCACCACCUACUCUUUUCUUUAUGCUAUUGUGUAAGGCGCUGCCGAUCGUCUUGCCAUGCACACACAGGCACCGCGCGCACGCACCCACACACACACACACCACACGCACACGUAUGCACAGACACAUGCAGAGACACGCACACGCAUCAUGCACACACCCGUGCAAGUGCUGGUGAAAUUGGACAGUGUCAUGAUGAGUUCCUCCUAUUAUUUUUUUUCUUACCGACCUCAGUCCGUUCUGUAAAGUUGAUAUGAUUUGCAGCAAUCACUUUCGUUGUUUGUAACUUACCCAUCAGUGUAAUCUGGUUUGAGUUUGCCAAGGGAGGCCCUAUUCAGUUUUGCCACCUUUCAUAUUUUCCCAAGGUGGUACUGUAUUUGAUUGCUGGUCACAUGCUUAGGGACACCGCAUAUCUUGCUGUAUAGUUUUGCUGUCCUAUCUAAACAACCAUACUGGCAUUCUGCCUCAUCGCUGAUUGAUUGACCAUCAAAGUCAUGGGAUGCUUCUUUGCAAGUUGUGAUGCCCGGUUUAAUUUGUGUGCUUUGCUGUUUUCUAUUGUCUAUUUUUCCAUUCAGAUGUUGUGUGUGUGUCCAUGUAGCGAGGCUACAUCUACAUCA